CUUUAAGCUGAAACCCUGUGAUAUGACUGGAAUACUGUUAAAAGCGGCAUAAAACUCACUCACUCAAGAUGGGGUUAGGAUGAAUUCAAUGAUAUUUAUGUUAUGUUUCCUUUUCAAUUUAGGUAUUGCCAAACAGAGCAUGAACAUACACAUGCUGACCCACCUUCCUCACUUUGUUCGGCUGUUUGGGCCACUGUGGAACUUUUCAUGUUUUGGUUUCGAGUCAAUGAAUGCACACUUGAAAAGUAUGAUACACGGAACAAGACACAUCAAUCAUCAGAUCUCCUGUGCCAUAUCUAUGACACGUUCACUUCCUGGCUUGGUGAAAAAUAUUAUUAAAAGAACAGAGAGUGAUGACACAAAAAGGCUUGCCAAGCUUCUGUCCAGCAAGAUUACCAUGGGCGAAAAGGAUGAUGAAAAACAGGAUGCUCAGGUACUGGGAAAGAGGAGACAACUGAAGGCAGAUGACCCAACUGUAGAGCAAUUCCAGUUACAUGGCUUGGUUCACAAAUUCUUCCGCUGUGCAACUGACAAAGGUCAUCGUCUAUGGAGUGCAGAAUACCAGCGUUGCAAAAUCAGAAAUUCGUACACAAUUUCCUUCAUCUACAAUGACGCAACCCGUUAUGGUUCAAUUCUGUACUUCAUAGAUAAUGAAGACAAAUUGUUUGCAGUUGUUAAGCUGUUUAAUGUCUCUACAUUAGGACCUGAUGGAGAUUUUAGCCUUGUGUCUGACAGACUGCAAAAAUAUCGUGGUAUGAUCUUCAAACACAUCAUUUUGGUAACAGAUUCAAAAGAAGAAAUACUUCUUCCAGUUGAUCAUAUCCACAAGAAAUGUAUUCAAAUUAGCAUUAACAAUGUGAUGUACAUUGCAAUUCCACCAAACCAGUUUGAGCACAACUAAGACAUUUUGGUUGGAGCCUUUCUUUAGGACUAGUGGACUUAAACUUAGUUUCUAACGCUGUAUACAGGUUGUUGAAAGGAAUGUCCAUCAUGUCAGUCACAAAAGCAAAUUAGUCUUUUGCACUAAUGAUAGCCAGAAUUUAGCUACAAAUAUGAAUAACAGCACAAAUGUUUUAAAAUGUAUCAUAAAUGAACAUUUUGAAAGAAGGUGACAUUGUGACGUUUAUUCAGAUGCAAUGCAAGUGUAUGAACAUGAUGAACAGGUAAUUCAUAACACAGCUAUGACACCCUCUAGAUAUCAACCAUAUUUGGUUGCAAGCAACUUAAUUUGUAUAUAAACACUUUGCCUUUGUUUUCAUAUAUGUUUUAUUCCGAAUAGUCAUGUGAAGUUAUAAUUAUCCUGUGAUGUACCGCAGCUUUUCCCUUUAACCAUUACUACAGCAUAGUGACCAAAGUUAUUUCCCAUUGGAUGUUAAUUUCUAAAAUUUAUUUGGUUGACUAGUCCAGAAUGGCUGAUUAGAUUUGUACUAAGUUUAGUACCAAAAUAUGUCCAAGCAAACUUUAUUUUUUAGCAAAGGUGUGACCCCUUGCCUAAUUUGGCCAAGAAAACUUGGUGGUGUAUAAACAAAGUGGGUGGGGCUUAAUAGCUGAUUUACAAGUAAAUUCUAGAAGUUGUCUUGCCAUACAGAUGGGGUGAUUUUCAAUUUUAAAAAAAAUCGUCAUUGUAUAGAUGGAGUUGGGCCCAAUGGGAGAAAUUUAGUUCUAAAUUGGAAUCAAUAUAUACAUAUACUUGACAUCAUGUUACCAAAAUAUGCCUUUGAGUCUAUUGCAACCCGAAUGGACUUUGGGUCAUAAUUACUUAAAAUAUCGUCGAAAUCCCUAUGCUAUCUAUAUACCCAUGCUCAUGUUCAUUACACAAUACAUCCAUGCUAAAAUGCAGGACUGGCCCUUCUGUUCAUCUGUUCAGCACUCCCAAUGGAGUUAGAACCUUGACGGACUUCCAAACAGAAUUUAUGCCCACCCAAAAAUAAACCGUUAUAUUGUAUACAUUUGUUUGUUAGGAAGUGAAUAAUACAACUAUGCCAAUAGGAUUCACCCCGGGGACCAGACUUGCCUCUGGAAAAUUAGAUCCUGGAUCAUAACAUGGAAAUGGUUCAGAUAUAUAUGCUAUAUUUGUAUCUAGAGAAGUACACGUUCAUGCUGUCAGAUUUGCCAAAAUUACGAAUUAUUUGCAGUAGUAUAUAUACAUGUACAAUGCAAAUGUAUAUUUUGUCAUGAUUGUGUAAAUAUAUAGGUGAGCAAUACAGGCCAUAUGGGCCUCUUGUUAAUUAUGUACCAGUAAAUAUUUUAAAGAUAAAAAGCACAUGAAACAAACUAAGAGAAGCAAGCUGUAUGUAGUUAGUGGGCAGUACUUCUUGAUGCUUUCUAUUUCAAGAAGUGAAAGUUCACUCAAUUGUUACAAUACAUUGAUGUUUUCCUCUGUAAUAACAUGUAAAUAACAAAUCUAUGUUUUCUUCUGUAAAUACAUGGAAAUAAUAACAAUGUAAAUUCCUGAUUGUUUGUGUUUUGUGAUCUGAAAUUGCCAUGGCAAUAUGAUUUUUUCAACUACCUGUACUGAUAUACCAUGCAAAUGCAUCUAAGCUGUUAGGAAAUAAUUUAUGUUUUCAUUACUUACAGAAUGCUAUAUUCGUUUACAACUUAAUUAGGUUCGUUGCGAACACAUGCAUGACGUCAAGCGCAAAUUUGACUUUCAUCGGCAAAUAAAAGAUUUCAUAAAAUUCAAUUAUAUUUACUUUUACAUCUAUUUCUUUUAUUUUUUUAUUAUUUACCUAAUGAGAAACUUGUUUUAAAAAGAAAUAUAUAUAGUAUCUGUCAUCACCCAUUUCCCGAUCAUAACGGCUGUCCGCUCAGUAACAUGAAGAAAUACAUCCGUCUUCGAAGUUUUGUGUGAAUAACCGUUCGUCGAAAUCUGCCAUGUGCAUGAACAGGAAGUCGUCUACAUCGACUGGAGUCCUUUCGUAGCAGUAACAUGAUAUUUGAUUGGAUAAAAAUCGGUUUCUAAUGACGCUUUCUUGCCGAAAUCUGCUACAAAGUUCGUGAUUGGUCAAAUUUGAGCACGUGACCUAGGGCAGCCAAUCAAAUUACUGCUGUGGUAGCUUUCCUCGUGCAAUUUCAUGUUUAGACGUAAGGUUUUUGUUACAUCGUUUACAUUAUAAACGUUUUAAGCAGGAAAUUGCUAUCUAUUGUUUAAAUAUGGAACUUCGUGCUAGUAUACGAGCUGUGACAAAGAUUUCUCAUGCAUAUAUGUUUGCAUCAAUCAUUGUGUCCGAGCAGAGAAAUCGAAGCGACGAAAGCAGAGAUGUCAUUUGACUAACAUUACACGCGAUCGCACGAAAACAUGGAAAUAAUAAAAUGUAAUGACAAUUUUUGACAAUUUUUGUUGUUAAUUUUAUUUAUUAAUUUGUAUAAUAUAUUUAAAGAUUUGCGUGCAACGUCUUAUUUGUCCACUUUGACAUGUUCGAUGUUGUCAAAGUUUGCAUGUGUCCGAGAAUUUUAUUUACAACAUUGCGAGAAAUAGUGAAUAUUUUUUUAAUCUAGAUCUAUCUAUAGAAAAUGAUAAAUUGAAAUUGAAUACGUAUUCCAGACAUAGUAAAAUGUGAUAGAUUAAAUACAAGAAUGAUAUGGCAGAUAGGUUCAUAAAUUUAUAAACUAUUUUGACGUGACUAUACGGCUUUGCAGAUGUACCGGCCUACGUUGUUGAAAGAGCUUAUUAAUUCUAUGCUUGUCGUCGGACUAGCGGACUUGUGUUAUUUUAAACCCUGCAUCUCUUAAUUAUAAUUAGGUUUUCUGCUCUUAAAGCAUAAUUUGCAACAAGAAUGUUUUGAUUUUGUGCAGAUAUUUACUUUGCUACAUACUUUAGAUAUAUGCAUAUAUGCUUCUUGUAGGAAUAGCCCACUGGGAUAACUUUUAAAUGAUAAUUAAUAUAUACAUAUAUAUCCCACUGAGAUUACCAUAUCCCAGUGGGAUCCCACCGGGAUGGAAAUCCCACUGGGAUCCCAGUGGGAUCCCACUGGGAUAGAAAUCCCACCGGGAUCCCACCGGGAUCCCACUGGGAUUUGCCAUCCCACUGGGAUCCCACCGGGAUCCCACUAUUAUU